UCAUUUUCUUGAUUGUGGAAGCAUGCCAUUUCAUCACAGUUGUGCAGAGAGUGGAAGGUGGUUACUGGUUGGCAUAUUCACCAUUAUUUCACCAUGACAGAAAUAGCAGAGAGAGGAGUUUCUGUGCUGCCGAUCUCCUGGUGAUGCCCCAGAAUUAACCGCCUGGAGGGGGGCAGCCCUGGGAAUGUCUCAGAACUUCAUCGUCACUAUUUUUACCAUAAUUACCACCACCAUCAUGACCAUCAUGACUAUCCAUCCCACUUUCUGUUAUUAAGAGCCAUAGUAGAGAUGAAAUGGCACUCUGCCAUUACCCUAAGGCCCAUGGUCAUAAAUCACCAUAAUCAAACGAGAGAUAUACAUUUACUAUUGAGAUUUUGGAAUAGGAAAAUAAACAGAAGCUGCUUAAUCGACUUAGGGAUCAGUCAAAAUCAGCCAAGUAGUUUUGUACACAGCCUUGGUACUAUCUGAGUGUGUAUCUGUGUAGUUACUGUUUAUGCCCAACUGGCACAUGCACACAGGUCAGGUUCAGACCUGGAGAGAGGAAGUGGGCAGUGAACUACAGGUCAGUGGUCUGGACAACAGUCCUGAUGGACAGAUACAGUACCUACUUCCUCUUUUCGUGAGCAGAGAACCCUAACAGGGAUGUGGUCUCGGGAGUAUGUUGGUAUAUGUUUGUGUGUGUUGUGGGGGAGAAGCUCUAUAUGCAUCACAUACUGUACAUACUACCCCUUUCAAAUCAUGACUCUCCAGAAGGGCUUCCCUCACUCUGGUGACUUCCCCCUCUGCUCUCACAGUUAGGAGGAACACUGACAGAUUCCCCAUCUCUUGGUCACUUUUUAGUUUCAGUACUUUUUUCUUUUUUUUCAUUACCUUUCCUUCCCAAUUUUAGCAAUCAAGAGGGUACUCACGAUACCACGGAACACUGAAACUUUUGCUCUGCUCUGCUCUAUUGCAGUGUGUGGACAGUACCUGACCACAGCAAUCCAUUUCCUUAAAUCUCGGAAAAAGAGCGCCACCAUGUGGUGGUCUCCGAAAGAGGUGGCGGUUUAGAUCCCGGGACUGUCUCGGCGUCACGGUUUACAUAUAUAGAUCUACACGUGUGCGUGUUCGUGGGUGGAGUCUGUUUUUAAGGGUUGCGGACUCUUUUCGUUGCAUUCCACCCAAAGAGGAAAUCCGCCUUGUUUAGUGUAAUACCACACAGCGCUUGGGGAGACUACCAAGCAAGCAGGGCUGAGGCAUUCUUUUUGACUCUAGUUAGCGAUGACAUUUGAACUUUAGGCUGAGGUCAGGGUUUGGAAGCCUACCUCAGCUAUAAGAAGUCCCAAAGUUAAUCUCUAAAGGCUAGAGAGAGAGUUUGAGAGAGGGUUCUGAGAAGUACUCAUGGCCAAUUGUAAGGGUUUUCUACAAUCUCAAUCUCCCACUGUACAUCGAUACUCUGCCAUAUUAUUUGGAAUAGAGAAGCCCUAAAGACCAUAACAAGCAUAAACUGUCCACAUUCAUUUGGAUACUAAUUUUGAUCCCUCUCCGGGGGCUUUGUAACAGUGAGAAAUGUAUUGGGAAAACGUUUAGUACAAAUCAUUGUGGAGUUUCUGUCAGUUGUUCUUCCAGUUGAGGGUCCAAAUGCUGAAGAACAGUUGAGUGUAAGUCUAAAUCCAUUGGGGGGAGUGCUGGAACCAUUUCAGUCUGAUUGCAUACCCGAGCCGAGAUGCACUAAGAUAAACUCUUCUUGUCCGAGAGAUAACUUAUUAUUUGGACAUGAUCCAUUCUCUCUAUAUGCCAGGGGCGACUGAAUUUUUGAUUGGCAGUACUGUCUGAUAUUUAUCCUGUAUAAACGUUGUACAUGUACACAUACUACUAACUAUAACAGUAUUUGUAUUCCAUCUAUUACAAUGUAUCCAGAAUUGAAUCCAGAGUCAUGUCAGAUCAUUGAUUAAAGACCACUCAACACGCUGUGUUACCUGAGCUGUGGAGCAGUGAAAUGUGCUGUACGUAAAAAUUAGAUCUCACCAUUUUACCCACUUUUUCAACAAAUCCUUUUAAGUUGAAGAUUUAGUCGAAUGUAACCCCUUCAGCGAUGUGACCAUAAUCAUCCUCUCGAAGGAAAAACAAAUAUCUUGUCUUAAAUUGUUUAAUAUUGUUUGCUGUAGGGAAACAGAGGACAGACAGCAGGACGACAGAGGGCCGACCUCAUUUGAACAGAGCCUUUAGUGUUUGGAUUGGACGCCCCCCUAAGUUCUUCAGAGGGGGGCUGGAUCUUUCACGGCCAUAGAGACAGAAACUGCACAGUAAGCACUAUUAAUAUAAGGGCAUGAAAAGGUUGUUAUCAAUAAACAUCACAUUGGUAAGGUUUUAGAAGAACAAAGGGUAUGUAUUUUACACAGUUACACAGUUCUAUUUUGAAAAGUGCACCAUGUUCUAUGAUACCACACAAUUUAUUGUUGAAAGGACAUCAAAAUACAUUUAUGAGCAAGCAGUAAGCAUUAUUAUAAAUUGGUCUUUGUUGAACAUGACUUUCAUUAUGAGCUGAAUAUUGGCUCAUGGCUUACAAACUAACUGGGUUGACUGUACCCAAGGAAUCAUAGCAUAGGUUCUAUAGCACUAGAUGCUGACAGGACAGUGGAUACACAAGGACAGAACAGGAGACACAAUGAAAAAGCAGACCAUUGCUCCACAGUGACUCCAUGUGGCUUGUCCUUAAGUCCUUGUUUAUGCAGAUGUUGUUUGUCAGGGUCCAGGUGGAAGAGUCAGCCAGUUUAAACCACCCCCGUCUCUUUCCACAACAUCCUUCCAUUGAGACAGACACUAUGGGGGUUGGACCCAUGGAGGUGUUCUGUUUAAUCCUGUGGUUAGACCCGAUAAAAAGGACCAGUGUGUCCAUCCAUCCUGUCACAGUACCUGGAACCACUUGGAGUCGUGAUCAUCCUUUCUGAGUUGUGCAGUUUGAGUGUUAACCUCAGUCUCCCUCCAAGAGAAGAUGCAGGCCUUUGCUGUCGCUGCCCUCUCCAUCUGGCUGUGUCUGGGUGCCACCACCCUGGCAGAGUCCCACGGCCCACAGCACUGCAGUAAGGAUCAUCUGCUUUAUAUCUUGUUGAGGCUCAUGUUUGCUGUGCACUGUGUGGAAAACUCCUGUUACUUGUAUGACUAUUUUGGUAAUAUUGUCAAGUUUUAUCAAAUCAACAGUCUCUUCUAACUUAAAGUAUACCUAUAUGUCUACACAUGAUCUCUGAGUUUGAAAAUCUGUCUAACUGCCGGCUUUGUCUUUUAGCAUCACCUAAUAUGACUGGGGUCCUGACUGUGGUGAGUAGCCCUCUUGUCCAUUAACCAUUAUCAAUAUCCAGUGUAAUGUUAGGACACUGUGUGGCUAUAUUGCAUUAUUUCUAAACCAAACCAGACUCUCCUUUCAGGCAACCCUGUUUUUAUCCACUGAUGUUUUCUUCUAAAAACAACUCUAUUGGCACAGUUGGCUUAGUUUUUGCAGGUACAGAAUUGGGUCAUAUUAAUCUCUCUAUAUAUCGUUAUCUCUCUCUUGAUCUAUUUUCUCUCUUGAUAAAACAGCUGGCCCUUACAGGAGGUGAAAUCAAGGCAACUGGACAUUACAGCUACGACUCUACGGACAAGAAGAUACGUUUCACUGAAAGUGAGAUGCACCUCAACAAGACUGAACAUCUGGAGGACUACCUGAUGCUAUUUGAAGAGGGGGUCUUCUAUGACAUUGACAUGAAGAACCAGUCCUGUAAGAAGAUGUCUCUGCACUCUCAUGCUCACGCUCUUGAACUCCCCACUGGUGCAGCCCAUCAGGUUGAGCUGUUUUUGGGGAGUGACACUGUUCAGGAGGAGAACAUCAAAGUGAACAUAUGGACGGGAUCCGUGCCAGAGACUAAGGGCCAGUAUUUUUUGUCUACUACUGUGGGAGAAUGUCUACCACUCAGCACUUUCUACUCAACUGAUUCCAUGACACUCCUCUUCAGCAAUUCCGAAGUGGUCACUGAGGUGAAAGCCCCUGAAGUAUUCAAUCUGCCAUCUUUCUGUGAGGGUGUGGAGCUGGAGGAGGCUCCUGAGGGCCAGAAGAAUGACUUCUUUAGUCUGUUCAACAGUGUCUAAGACAGUGGCACCAGGACCUCCAGCCCCAACCAACCAAGAGCGUGGCCAGCUAAUCCUUCUAGAUGUUUCUCUCCCUCUCAUAACUACAUUUGAGUGUUUCAUUGCAAUUUCUUCUCUUCUGUUAGACCAGAUAUAUAUCAUAAUAUACUUUCUUUGAUUAUUCCUCUUUGAAGACAUUGCAUAAAGAUUAAUCAGAUGAAAAAAGGAAAGUUAAUGUCAAGUUGUCAUGUUAAUGUAAUCUCUACGUUUGAACGGGAUAUAAGGGGAUAUAACGUUUGUAAUUUACACUAUUAAUCUGUCACUUAAAGUUGCUAAUGCGUAGGAGGUCUGCAUAGGCAAAUGAGAUAAUAAAAACUCAACAUCUUUUCGA